AUGGCGCCCCCAAAAGCACAGCGGGCGUCGGAUUUUUUCCGACAAGGUAGGAGAGACAAAACGCGGCCGGAGCAAGAUGGCGGCGGCUCACACUCCCCAACACCUGCCUCAGAUCAGGGAUCCGACAUAGAGGCACUACAGCCUCCCCCUGGGGAUAUCUCUCUUUCGGAGGCAAAAAUGGCGGCAAUGCUGCAGGAGCUCCGCUCCUCCGUGAAAGAGGACUUACAACUGGCGGUUAAUGACAUCCGCAGAGAGGUGCACGAGGUGGGGACACGCCUAAAUGUCCUUGAGGAGAAAACAGAUGAUUUAUGCCAGGCUAAUGACGGCAUCUUGGAAAAGAUCCGCCUAAUGGAGUCGGAGCAAGCGCGCCUAACAGCCAAACUGGCGGACCUAGAGGACCGAUCGCGCCGCCAUAACAUCAGGGUGCGCGGCGUCCCAGAGUCUGUCGCAGGGUCGGAUAUCCCAGGGUAUCUUCAGCAACUUUUCACAGCUAUCCAGCCUAACCUGGAACUGGCAGACCUGCGCCUAGAUAGGGCGCACCGGGUACCCAAGCCCGCUUCGCUAGCACGCGACAUACCGAGAGACAUUGUCACGAGGCUACACUAUUUCAGCGCCAAAGACGCCAUACUCAUGGCGCAACGAAAUCUACGGCAAUGCCAUCUGGCUAUGAAAAGAUCUCCCUAUUUGCUGAUUUGUCCCCUAUGUCGAUGGCGCCUAAUAAAACCAGGGGAGUCAGUAUCUUAAUCCACUCGGAUUGGGCCUUCACGUGCACGACAGAGCAUAAAACCGCUGAUGGUAGGCUAUUGAUUCUGGUGGGUAGGCUAAACGAUAUCCCAGUAACCUUAGCAAACCUUUACGCCCCUAACUCCAACCAAUAUGACUUUAUCAGGAAAUCCCUAAAAACGCUGGACAGGAUAAAACAGGGCCAAACUUAUGUCUGCGGAGACUUUAACUGUGUACUUGACCCAGACCUGGACAGAUCAGGCACUCCAGGCUCCCACCCUCGCUCUGUAUCUAUUGGUGACAGGCUCUCAGCUCUCUUACACUCCCAUGGCCUUCAUGACACGUGGCGCUCCUUAUACCCGGCCACCAGAGAUUAUACUUUCUACUCGAAAGUCCAUGACCAAUAUUCCCACAUAGACAUGUGCCUGGUGGAUGAGAAGUCCCUGGACACUCUGACUAGGGUCACCAUCGACUCAAUCACCUGGUCAGACCAUGCCCCUUUUCUGUCCUCAUUCACCACUUUACAUCCGGUGAGAGGACGAGGCACAUGGCGCCUCAAUGCAUCCCUCAUAGAUAGCGCUGAACGGGCUGUUGAGAUAAGGAAAACCAUAGUGAAUUACUUUGCGAACAACAAGCCCCAAGACACAACCGUAGCCGCGACGUGGCUGGCCCAUAAGGCCGUGAUACGAGGAGCACUGAUUAGGGCUGGAGCGACACUAAAACGCAAAUUAGAGGAAACCAGCAGAGCAAAGCUUAGGGACCUGAGACUUGCGGAGGACCUCCACAAAUCUUCACCCUCUGACGUGACAAGACAGGCUGUUAAUAAGAUUAGAGCUGACUUAGAAGUUCACCAACUCCAGCGAGUAGAGAGGGCUCUCCGCAAACUCAAAAGCGAGUAUUACAGACAGGGGAACAGGGCGGGGAAAUUGCUGGCCGCCCAACUGAAAGACAAACACACUCAAACGCGCAUACCAUACUUAGUAGCUAAUUCCGGGACGAAACUGACGAACCCCAAGCUAAUAGUGGAUGAAUUUGCGACAUUUUACGGUGCCCUCUAUAACCUAGCGGAGGACCCUCUACAACACCAGCCGACCCCAAGGGAGAUAGCUGCCUACUUAGACAAAGUGGAACUCCCCUAGCUCUCCAGCGCCCAAGCCUCACUACUCACCAGCGCAAUCACUCAAGAGGAAAUCUCAAAAGCACUUAGAGAAACCCCCCGACAUAAAGCCCCAGGGCCUGACGGCUUCCCGCUCACUACUACAAGACCUUUGAGGACCAACUCCUUCCCCACAUGACCUCCCUGUUCAACAACAUCAUGGAGUCAGGUUCCAUACCCCCUGAAAUGCUAGAGGCCACCAUAAUUACUAUUCCCAAGCCGGGCAAGCCCACUGAAUUUUGCGCAAAAUACCGCCCUAUCUCCCUGCUUAACGUGGACACAAAGCUCUUUGCCAAAGUCCUAGCCAAUAGAAUGCGCCCCCUCCUGGGUACACUUGUUUCCCCGGAACAAUCGGGAUUUGUCCCGGAACGGCAGGUAGAGGACAACACAAGACGUGCACUAGACAUAAUGGAACUCCUGACGGUACACAGAACACAGGGACUACUAAUGGCCCUUGACGCGGAGAAAGCCUUCGACCGGCUACACUGGGGCUACAUGACGGAGGUCCUCCGCAGGUUUGGAUUCCCCGACAAAUUUCUCAAUGGCCUCCUAUCAUUAUAUUCCUCCCUGACAGCCGUGGUUGUGAGCUCCGGUUUUACCUCUCAACGCUUUGCCCUGAAGAAUGGCACAAGACAGGGAUGCCCACUGUCGCCCCUUAUCUUUAUCAUGUCACUAGAACCGCUAAUGCACACAAUUAAACAGGAACAGCGCGUCACUGGUAUCCCCUCAUUAAUAGGUCCCCAAAAAAUAGCCGCCUUUGCUGACGACAUCCUAAUAUUUCUGACUAACCCAACAGAAUCACUGAAGCAUCUCCUAUUCCUGCUCCAUGACUAUGGCAAAGUGUCCUAUUACAAGAACAACGAGGCAAAAACUCAGGUACUACCCUUUAACGUGACCCACUCUAACCUUGCCGCCCUGCAAGCUCAAUACCCCUUUGACUGGCGGAAAGACAAUCUCUCCUACUUAGGCACAAAAUUGGCACCCUUGAGACGCAACCUACUCUGA